AUGAAUCAAGGGCAGGGCCAACAGAAUCCGAACGCCGGCAACGCCCAGGGUCAAGGUGCCCAGGGCCAGGGCCAGGGCCAGGGCAACGCCCAGAAUCGGCCUCGGUUGAACCCCCAGCAGCAACUCCGAGCUCUCUACCAAAACUACCAUCAGGCUCUUGAGCUGUCCCGGCAGAGUGGUGGCCAGCAGCAUUUUGUACACGCGCAGCGGCUGCGCGAGUUGAUUACUCAGGUUGAAGGUCGAAUGAGACAACAGAUGGCUCGUCAGGGUCAAGGACAACAGGGACAAGGUGGUCAGCAGCAAGGACAACAGGGACAGCAGCAAGGUCAACAGGGCCAGGUUCCUCCGCAGGGCCAGGUCCCUCCGCAAGGAAUGGGUAUGGGUAUGAACCAGGGCCAGAACCAGGGCCAGAACCAAGCUCAGGGCCAAGGUAGAAUGACCCCCAAUCCCCAGGCUACAGGCACGCCCAACCCUGGAAACACACCCAACCCCGCUAAUGCCACUCCUAACCCCUCCAACCCCACAAAUAACCCACGGAUGAACCAGCAGCUGCUUCAGGCACAGACAUUCUUGCUGCGUCGACAGCCUCCUAACUUCAACGAAAUGACGUACGAGCAGCAGCAGACGUUCCGGGUCAAGAACCUCGAGUCGUCACGCCGAACACAGCACGAAUGGCAACAAUCCAUGGAGCAGAUGCAGCAGGUCAUUGGCGACCCCAACACUACCGAUGAUCGUCGUCAGCAGCUCCAGCAGCAACUGGACCAAAUCCGGCUGAAGAAGGAGGGUCUGAGAGCCAUUGAAAUUGUGCUCGGACAACAGCACGCCGCUGCCGCACGAGCCCAUGGUGACGUGAGCGUGACUGGAGCUCAGGGCCAGGGUCAACAGACUCCUAACCAAGCCCAAGCACAGGUUCCCCAGAACCAGGGAUUGCGACCCAUGGGCCAGAUGCAGGGCCAGAACCAGAUGCAAGGCCAGGGUAUGAACCAGGGCCAGAUGAACCAGGGUCAAGGCAUGGCCCAGGGUCAAGGUAUGGGCCAGGGACAAGCUCAAGGACAACGACCCAUGAUGCAGAUGCGACAAGGCCAACAAGCUCAAGGUCAACAGGGUGGCCAACAAGCACAGGGCCCAGGUAUGCCCCAGGGCCAGGGUAUCCAAGGCCAAGGUAUGCCUCAGGGUCAGGGUAUGCCUCAGGGCCAAAUGCGUCCUGGCCAACCCCAGGGACAGCCCCAGGGCCAACCUCAGGGCCAGAUGCGACCUGGACAGCCCCAGGGCCAGGGUAUGCCUCAGGGACAAGGUCAGGGUCAGAUGCGACCUGGUCAACCCCAACCCCAGGCUCCUCAGGCUGCACAAGCGCAGGCUGCACAGGGACAACAGGGCCAGGGCCAGGGUCCCUCCUCGCGUCCUAACCCUGCUCAGCAGCAGCAGCCCUCGGCCAUGGUUUCUCCCACCAGAGCCGCCGUCAACCCCUUCCCUAUUCCCCAGCAGCUUCAGGCUCGUCAGGGACAGGUUCCUCCCAUGGCUGCUCGGCCUCGAGCCACUCUAACAGGUGGAAACGGAGCGCCUCUGCCUUCUCUCAACCACCCUCCCCACACUCGAGCUCCCCCCGUCGAUAUGAUGGGCGACCGAGUUCUGAGCAAACGAAAGCUGUCGGAGCUAGUUCGAUCGGUGGCUGGAGAAGAUGCCGAAGCUACAGUUGAUGGAGACGUCGAGGAGCUGCUGCUGGAUCUCGCCGAUGAGUUUGUGUCUUCUGUUACGGCCUUUUCGUGCAGACUGGCCAAGCAUCGAAAGAGCGAUACCCUGGAGUCCAAGGAUCUGCAGCUGCACCUGGAGCGAAACUGGAACAUUCGAAUCCCCGGUUACAGCGGUGACGAGGUUCGAAGUGUGCGACGACUGGCUCCCACUCAGGGCCAUGUUCAGAAACUCGCGGGUAUUACCAUGAGUAAGGCUGUGGCCAAGUAA